AUGGGGGACGCGGCGGCAGGGAAGGCGUCGUUCCUGGAGAUGGUCCGGUACGCCGACGCGCACGACCUGAGCCUCAUGAUGCUGGGCGUGCUGGGGAGCUUCGGCGACGGCAUGAUGCAGCCGCUCCUCAUGCUCGUGCUCGGCGACAUCAUCAACAGCUACGGCGCCGCCGGGAGCGCCGGCAGCGCCUUCAGCUCCAGCGCCGUCGACAAGUUCGCGCUUCGGUUGCUGUAUCUCGCGGUUGCAGUGGGCGCAUGCUCUUUUCUAGAGGGGGUGUGCUGGACCAGAACGGCGGAGCGACAGGCGUCGAGGAUGCGGAGGCUGUACCUGGAGGCCGUGCUGCGGCAGGAGGUGCACUUCUUCGACGCCGCGCCCUCCUCGCAGUCCACCACCUUCGGGAUCAUCACCACCAUCUCCGACGACGCCGACACCAUCCAAGACUUCCUCAGCGAGAAGCUUCCCAUGGUGCUGGCCAACGUGACGCUCUUCUUCGGCGCCAUGUCCGUGUGCUUCGUGUUCGCGUGGCGCCUCGCGCUGGCGGGCCUCCCCUUGACCUUCCUCUUCUUCGUGCCCAGCGUGGUCCUCGGCAAGCGCAUGGUGGCCGCCGCCGGGGAGUCGCGCGCGGCGUACGAGUCCGCCGGCGGCAUCGCCGACCAGGCCGUCUCCUCCAUCCGGACGGUGGCGUCCUACAACGGGGAGCGCCACACACUGGAGCGGUUCAGGAGCGCGCUGGCGCGGAGCACGGCGCUGGGCAUCAAGCAGGGCCUCAUCAAGGGCGCCGUCAUCGGGAGCAUGGGCGCCAUCUACGCCGUCUGGUCCUUCAUGUCCUGGCUCGCCAGCGUCCUCGUCAUCCACCAGCACGCCCAGGGCGGCCACGUCUUCGUCGCCGCCAUCUGCAUCGUCUUGGCGGGAAUCUCCAUCAUGGCGGCGCUCCCGAACCUACGCUACUUCGUGGACGCCUCGGCCGCGGCGGCCCGGAUGCGGGGGAUGAUCGAGAAGCUCCCGCCUCUCAAGGAGGCCGGCAAGAAGGGCGCCACCAAGGACGUCGUGAGGGGCCAGAUCGUGUUCAAGGACGUGCACUUCAUGUACCCGUCGAGGCCGGACACGCGGGUGCUCAACGGCGUCAACCUGACCAUGUCCGAGGGCGCCACCAUCGGCCUCGUCGGCGGCAGCGGGUCGGGCAAGUCCACCGUCAUCGCCUUGCUGCAGAGGUUCUACCGCCCAGACAGCGGGGAGAUCCUGCUCGACGGCGACGACAUCGGCUCGCUCAACGCGGAGUGGCUCCGGAGCAAGAUCGGCCUGGUGAGCCAAGAGCCCGUGCUGUUCGCCACGUCCAUCAGGGAGAACAUCCUGUUCGGCAACGAGACGGCCUCGCCGGAGCAGAUCAUCGACGCGGCCAAGAUGGCUAACGCCCACGAGUUCAUCACAAAAUUGCCCAAUGGAUACGACACACAUGUGGGGCAGUUCGGGACGCAGAUGUCGGGAGGCCAGAAGCAGCGGAUCGCCAUUGCCCGCGCGCUCAUCCGGGACCCCAAGAUCCUGCUCCUGGACGAGGCGACGAGCGCGCUGGAUUCAGAGUCGGAGCGGACGGUGCAGGACGCGCUGGACCGGGCGUCCGUGGGCCGGACCACCGUCAUCGUGGCGCACCGCCUCUCCACGCUCCGCAAGGCCGACACCAUCGCCGUGCUCGACCAGGGCCGCGUGGUGGAGUUCGGCACGCACGACGAGCUCGUCGCCAUGGACGGCGGCGAAGGCGGCGUGUACGCCAAAAUGGUGCACCUGCAGAGCUCGUCCGUGACGCGGGCGGACGGCCCCCGCGUGGCAGAGGAGGAGGAGGAGAAGUUCCAUAGCGUGGAGAUCGCGUCGCCGGGCGGCGAGCUCCGACCUAGCCCGGUGCCGUCGUUCCGUUCUGUCGAGCCUACCGUGGAAUUCAGCAAACUCGCGGUCCCCGUCGCGCACGCGGCGCAUCCGCAAAAGUCGUUGCAUCUUCGUCUGCUCAAGAUGAACCGCCCGGAGUGGAAGCAGGCUCUGCUCGGGUGCGCUGGCGCCAUCAUAUUCGGCGCGGUGCUGCCGCUCUACUCGUACAGCAUGGGCUCGCUGCCGGCGGUGUACUUCCUCACCGACCACGACCUCAUCCGCGCGAAGACCAGGGCCUACUCCCUCAUCUUCCUCGCGAUCGCCAUCGUGUGCAUCGCCGCCAACAUCGUGGAGCACUACAACUUCGCCGUCAUGGGCGAGCGCCUGACGGAGCGCGUCCGGGACCAGAUGCUGGCCAAGAUCCUCUCCUUCGAGGUCGGGUGGUUCGACGAGGACGAGAACUCGAGCGCGGCCGUGUGCGCGCGGCUGGCGACGCAGGCGACCAAGGUCCGGUCCCUCGUCGGGGACCGGAUGUGCCUGCUGGUGCAGGCGGGCGCCACGGCGUCCCUGGGAUUCGCGCUGGCGCUCUACGUGUCGUGGCGCCUCGCGGCGGUGAUGAUGGCCCUGCAGCCGCUGGUGAUCGCCAGCUUCUACUUCAAGAAGGUGCUCAUGACGGCCGGCUCCAGGAAGGCCAAGAAGGCGCAGGUGCAGGGCAGCCAGCUCGCCAGCGAGGCCGUGGUGAACCACCGGACGAUCACCGCCUUCUCGUCGCAGCGGCGGAUGCUCCAGCUGUACGAGGCCGCGCAGGUGGGCCCGAGGAAGGACACCAUGACGCAGUCCUGGUUCUCGGGCUUCUGCCUCUGCCUGUGCCAGUUCAACGCCACGGCGAGCACGGCGCUCGCACUGUGGUACGGAGGCAAGCUCAUGGCCAGCCGGCAGAUCAACACCACGCAGCUGUUCCAGGUGUUUUUCAUCCUCAUGAGCAUGGGGAGGGUCAUCGCCGACGCCGGGAGCUUGACGUCGGACUUGGCGCAAGGCGGGGACGCGGUGCAGUCCAUCCUCGACACGCUGGACCGUGAACCGGCGAUCAAAUCCGGCACCGGCGACGGUGCCAGCGAGUCCGACGACGACAAGGAGAAGCUGCAGAAGGGGAUCAAGGGAGCCAUCGAGUUCAGGGACGUGCACUUCAGCUACCCGACGCGGCCGGAGGUGACGGUGCUCGCCGGGCUGAGCCUCGAGAUCGGCGCGGGCAAGACGGUGGCGCUGGUGGGGCCGAGCGGGUCGGGCAAGUCCACGGUGAUCGGGCUGAUCGAGCGGUUCUACGACGUGCGGAGCGGCUCCAUCCUGAUCGACGGCAGGGACAUCCGGGGGUACGGCCUGACGCACCUCCGGUCGCACGUGGCGCUGGUGAGCCAGGAGCCGACGCUCUUCUCCGGCACGAUACGCGACAACAUCAUGUACGGCGACGAGCAGGCGACGGAGGAGGAGGUGAGGAGCGCGGCGGCGCUGGCCAACGCCCACGAGUUCAUCAGCGGGAUGGAGAGCGGGUACGACACGCAGAUCGGGGAGCGGGGCGCGCAGCUGUCCGGCGGGCAGCGGCAGCGGAUCGCGCUGGCGAGGGCGGUGCUGAAGAACGCGAGGAUCCUGCUGCUGGACGAGGCGACGAGCGCGCUGGACACGGUGUCGGAGCGGCUGGUGCAGGACGCCGUGGACCGGAUGCUGCAGGGGACCAGGACGUGCGUGGUGGUGGCGCACAGGCUCUCCACGGUGCAGAACUCGGACAUGAUCGCCGUGGUCAAGGAUGGGAGGGUGGCGGAGAGAGGGACGCACCGCGACCUCGUCGCCCUCGGCCGCGCCGGCAUGUACUACAACCUCGUCAAGCUGCAGCACGGCGCGUCGCCCUGCCAUAGCCCGAUGCGUGCAUUAAGCAACUGA